AUGCAGCCAGUCAAGGAUGACGAGCCGCAGAUGUCAAAGCCCGGGCCCCUCCUUGCUGUGGGCUUUGUCGGUGAGGUUGAAAAAAAAAGCUUUCGUCCACCAGGUCCCGCAGCCAGACGUCCAAGGCAAGAAAGACCUCACUGGAACUUCUCCUCUAAUGCCGUACGUAGGCUCCACAGGCUCCAAGCUCUGCUCGUCCAUUUCUGUCUUGCUUUAAAGCAACGGUCUCCGGCAUGGUCUCGGGUCUCUGCUGCGGGACGGGCCCUUGGACAGGUGAGUUUGCCGCCCAAUGCCAUAACGUACCACGACUUCGACGACGAGGACUACAUCGCAUUGCUUGUGCUCUGCUUGUGCUUCACAAGCACGCAGGCUCAGUGUGUUGGUGUCACGGCCAGGACUUUGAUGACGAGGAGGCCGAAACCCGGUUCCAGCCGCGCCAAAACCAGUCAUAGCGAGUCUACAGGGUAUUGA